CCAUCAUGUAGGUGCAGCGAGAGCCUUCCCCAGCACUGCGAGCAGGGGGGGAGGGAACCCCCCGCUCUGCAGGCUGCCCUGCACAGACGUGCAAUUGCACGGCCUCCCCCCCGCUGCAAGGAGAGCUGCUGCAGCCAGUCGGGAAAACUCCCGUUGCACGAAGAUUUUGAGCGCUUUGCAGUUUGCAUCUUUGUUGCAAAACUAGCUCCAGAAGAGAGAGGCAAGGCAAAGUCUUUUGUGCUCCCCUCCCCCACCAAAGCAAAGGGGAAAAUGUCUCAGUCGAGAGGCAAGAAGCGAAACCCUGGGCUGAAAAUUCCUAAAGAAGCAUUUGAGCAACCACAGACAAGCUCCACGCCACCCAGAGAUCUAGAUUCCAAAGCAUGUAUCUCUAUUGGUGAGGAGAACUUUGAGGUGAAAGCUGAUGACCUGGAGCCCAUCUCUGAGCUGGGACGAGGUGCAUACGGGGUGGUGGAGAAGAUGCGGCACAUGCCGAGCGGGCAGAUCAUGGCAGUGAAGCGGAUCCGAGCCACGGUGAACAGUCAGGAGCAGAAGAGGUUAUUGAUGGAUCUGGAUAUCUCCAUGAGGACGGUAGAUUGCCCCUUCACUGUCACCUUUUACGGGGCACUUUUCCGAGAGGGAGAUGUGUGGAUUUGCAUGGAGCUGAUGGAUACCUCACUGGACAAGUUCUACAAACAUGUAAUUGAUAAGGGCCUGACGAUUCCUGAGGACAUCUUAGGAAAAAUAGCUGUCUCUAUCGUAAAAGCACUAGAACACCUACACAGUAAGCUCUCCGUGAUCCACAGAGAUGUAAAGCCCUCUAACGUGUUGAUCAAUACGCAGGGGCAGGUGAAAAUGUGCGAUUUUGGAAUCAGCGGUUACCUCGUUGACUCGGUUGCUAAAACCAUGGAUGCAGGAUGCAAACCCUACAUGGCUCCUGAAAGAAUUAACCCGGAGCUGAACCAGAAGGGGUACAGCGUCAAAUCUGAUAUCUGGAGCCUGGGGAUCACAAUGAUCGAGCUGGCCAUCCUGCGCUUUCCCUACGACUCCUGGGGGACGCCCUUCCAGCAGCUCAAGCAGGUGGUGGAGGAGCCGUCGCCGCAGCUCCCGGCGGAGAAGUUCUCGGCAGAGUUUGUCGAUUUUACCUCGCAAUGCUUGAAGAAGAAUUCCAAAGAACGGCCAACAUACCCAGAGCUUAUGCAACAUCCUUUCUUCACCCUGCACGAAUCCAAAGAGACAGACGUCGCCUCUUUUGUCAAACUCAUCCUGGGAGACUGAGAACUGGACUUGUAAAUGAAUUGCCCUUCUGUGGACUGGUGGGUGCAGGGGAGGGGCGCGUGGCAGGACUUGUCAUGAAAGCACCAACAGAAAGUCGCCGUGUUUUGUUUUGUUUUGUUUUUAUUCUCAGAAACCCACGCCUCGCCGAAGUUUUUAAAAGGGUUCUUUGGUAUCCAUAGUGACAUAGAAUGAGCUGGUUAGUGAAAUGAAUUUUAAUAAGGUUGGUAACCUUAAAACAAAAGCAAAACAACAAAAAAAAAUUUAAAGAGUGAUUUACAUAUUUAAUGACUGUCAAAGUCCCUCUCUUCCUAACUUCCUCCUCAUCCCCCUUUCCUUUCCCCCUGAACCAGAAUUUGCUUUGUCAUGGUAAUAGGUGCUAUGGUAGUCAUGAAGUUGUGUGUAGAUUUAUAUUUUGUCCCUUCCAUUAUUUUAAUAUUUAUGUUAAGUGCUUGAUGGAAUAGAAUUCUGUUUUAUAUGAGGAUGAAUGCGUGGUGACGAUGGUGAUGCUAAAUGAGGCCACAGCAAGCAAGAGUUGUAGGGCUUCACUGGGGAAAACGUGUCAAAGGAGCAGAUAAAGAGGAGAAGAGUCUUUGUUGUGGAAAAUAUUUAAUGUGCAUGGUAAAAAGAAUUUAUAAACAAGGAUGUCAGCUCAGCUACUCGAGCUGCUUUUGCAGAGUGCAAGGCAGGAUCACUGUAAGGGAGGGAGGCCCCAGGUCACCUCUUCUCCAGACACUGCGCUACGAGUCCGGCCAGUGUGUCCCAACCAGGCUGUGGUGCCCUCCAGCCUCCCCAACCCUACAUCCCACCAACUCACUCUGCUAUAUCAGGUGGGUGAUGAGGUCUGGAGUGGGAAGACAUUGCUGGGGUUAGUGUCUGGGUCAAAAGCCCCAGAGGGAAAUAGAUUGUUGGAUAAGUUGGGAAGAGGCCCAGCAGCCUUGUGUCAUCUGUGGCUCCCUUGGUCUGGGGCUGUUCUGCUUUGGGCAUAAAAGGGAGUUCCUUUCUCCUUCUCCACAUGUGAAAGGAUAACAGUCUGCAUGGCAUGACAUCUGUGAAAAAUGGGAUAGCUCAAUGCGAGUUUCCAGGGCUCUCAGCUCUGCAUCGGCAGCAAUCCCUCUGUGCUUGCCCACAGACUUUAGGAGUGCAAGCGUGCUCCCCUGGAGCCUGUGCCGGCAUGAGGUUUGGGCUCUCUCCAGCUCUGGUUGGGAUGCUGAAGGCAGCCAGGAGCACUGGGCUCCAGCAUGGGCUGCAGGUGUCCCCUGCGAGAGCUGCAGCCUGAGAAACCGCGCAGGGAAACCACAGCCCACCCGUACUAGGAGCUCGUUGCUGUUGGCCAGGUCUUCAGAGAAAAGCUGCUGGCCCUUUCAAGCUUCUUUUAGGUAACACAGUUACUCUCUAGAGAAAGGAGGGAUGGCACUGCAAGGUGUUGCUGUGAGUCUGGAGCAAGGCCACUGGCUCCAGGUUGACACUGGUUUGACUGAGCCAAACCUGCAGAGCUGCCUCGCUUGGCUGUGAGGUCCUUUGUCUUGGCCCAUGGCUCCUUCCCCUGGCCCCUUCCCCUGUGUGUGCGGCUGCGCCAGAGUGUGCACAUGUGCCUCAUGCCCCUCCACAUGCUCCCCUUCCCCAUCCAUUGCUUCCGAGCAGACUCUCAGAGGCAAAGCCCAACUAGAUGCAUGCCUUGCUCACCAAUAUUUAAGUUGUGCAGGAUGUAAUUCAUCCUGGGAUCCAGCCCUUUCUCUCCCAGUUUAGUGGCUUCAGUCUCUGUUGAUGACAGUUGGGCUUCUGGAUGAGCCUGUCUGGGAAGGAAUCCCUUGGAAAGGAUGAUGGGGAGGGCAGUAUUUAGAGAAGGGAUUCCCAAAUGGUGGUACCUCUUGUGCUAGACACGUGCUGACCACCUCGAAGAGGUGCACAUAGCCACUGCCAGUGCCUGGGCUGUCAGUGUCACUGCCAUGGCUGUGCUGGCAGUGCCCUCAGAGGAGGCCAUGAACCCCGAAGUAGUGCAGCUCUGUCCUGGGGCCAGCAUUGAAAGAGACAGGGGAGCAUUACUCAUGGGGAUUUAUUGAUCCUUGUGCCCUUCAGCUGCAGAGCAGGGGCUUGAGGAGGGCUCACAGGAGUCAUGGUGUGGAGGGUUUUCUGUGCUGCGAAGAGCUCAUGGGUUGUGCAGACUUUGGGGAAGAGGCUCCCCUACCUCAGCCCAAAUUUCACAAGCCUGCUCAGCCCUUGGUAAUGAUAAGCUCCAUAUUCCACUUUGUGUCCGGGGGAACCUUUCAGGUUACAUUUUGUUGCAGAUGAAACACACGGAUGUUUUACUUCUCAGUGUAAUUUUAAGAGGCCUUGCAUGGCUCAUAAUCUGCCCUCUCAUAUUCCAUGGUGUGUGUGUGUUUUCUCUCUCUCACUUUCUCAGAGUCGCAGAGCUGUUUUGAUUGAUUGUCCUCAGCUGCAGCUAAAAGUCCAGCCAGCCAGUUUAUAGAGUUGGUUCCAGCAUCAAUUCUCGCUUUGAAAAACAUGACAUUUAAAACCACCCUCUGGUUUCCCUACAUAUGGAUCUGAUGCUUUUGUUAAAGAUUGUUUUUUCUCCUGGAAUAUAAGUCUCAUUAGGACACCACAUCUCCUUGACCUCAGACCACCUUUAUUUCAGUGCCAUUGUAAUUGACAGGUUGAAUUUAUGAGAUACUGUCAAAGUUCAGUAUUAAUAGCAGAUAUUAAUGUCACCAGCAUUUUCCAAUAGAAAAUUAAUGUCAGUGUUGUCUGCAGCUAGUAAUGCUCUAAAAUGAUUCCUACAUGCCUCGACACUACAUGCUGAGUGCUUUCUUUUAUGCUUUUUGCUCUUGCAGUGCUUGGGCUGUCUAAUCCCUUUGUUUUAAUGACAUUACAAUAGAGCAUGCAACAAAUCACUUCCCUUCCCUCCUGAUUCCAUGAUUUUGUUCCUUUAAAAGUCACUUGCGUCAGCCCGGGGUAAGUCUGAAUCCGUAUGACCAGUGUGAGUGAAAACAGUGAUCCCAGUGAUCACCAUUGUGGAAGGUAGUUACAGCAGGAGAGAAAUGCAGAGGCUGUCUGUCUCUUCAUCCCUUGUGGCACACGUGGAUACAAAGCUUGGCCUGCCCCAGGAUUUUCUUAGAGAGAAGCCUGAGCUGGUGGCUGGGAGGAGAGCCAGGGACUCCUGUGUGCUUAAAAGCUCUGAAAACAUGCUGGGCUACAGUAUAAAAAUCAGACUCUCUUUCAUUUGAUUGUAACCUCCGUGAAGAUGAAAAGAUGAAAAGCCUUUGGUCAGUGCUCAGAUCUUUGCUUGAGCAAAGGGUUGCCUAGGACAGGCAUGGUUUCUGGGACAUUAAACCUUUCCCAACAACCAUGCUCCCUGAACAGCCCAAGUGUUAAGGCUUAAAGCUGUUCUUCAAAAAGCUCUUUUGUUUUCAGGACACAGGUCUGUGGGCAGCAUGUUAGCUUGUCCUCAACUAGGAUUUUUAAACUGCAAAAGGAGCAGGUCUUGUGCCAUAGGUCUGAAACCAAAAACACACCAGGGACUUUGCUCUUGCUAGAGCUCUCCAAGUGUUACUGGCAGGAAAGCUAUUUUCUGUGUCCCCAGGAGUCCAGUGGUCCCCUAAACCUGAAGGAUAAGUUGGAGGGCAUUUGCUGGUUACUGUUUUUAAAUGCCAGGUUUGUGCUGCUGCAUUGGGUAAAAUGCCCAUCUUUUCUGGAGUUUUUCCAGGUGUAUGAAACUUUACACAGGUAUCUAUGUACUGUAUUUCUGCAUUUUUCCUGACUUUUGUCAGGUUUACUGGUGAGGAAGGAGGCAUUUUUGACUUCUUAAGGAGGUGGGGACACAAUUUCUGGAAGCAGCUGCCCUCUCCUGUGUGUUGGAGGAGGCAGCUGGCAGGGUCACUACUCAGAAGAAGCUAUAAAAAAAAGAUAUACAGUUGAGCUGCCAGUUGUUCAGCAGGUGCAGAGGGAGGUGGCCAUGAGCCAGUCAGGUCAGUGCACCUUGUGUUGGAGGGAAAGGGCUGCCAGGCAAAGGCCUGUGCAGCAGAGCAGUGCCUGGUGCUGAAGGCAAAGACACUGGCAUGCACGGAUUUCUCCAUUCUAAAUACAUACCUGCAUGUUCCCCUUCUUUCCUAGAUGUUUUGGAAGAGGAAAUCCUGCCUGGUCAAUGCAGCAUUGCUUUAGUGGCUGGUCUGAUGUAGUUCAGACAAGGUUCUCACCAGCUCCCUUGUUUAAUAGACCUCUUUUUUAUUAAAAACAAAACCCAAGCUCCUCUCUCAGAAAAGCCAGCCAAGAUGCUCUUAUUUUUCCCCUCUUCCAUCUUGUUCCUCUUAGAGGAACUCUGGGAGCCUGUCUUGGUGCUUUCACUCUUUCACAUGCCAAAGAUUGCUACAUCCCUCUUAGUUAGGCUCCUGCCAAACCAGAUCCUAUAGUCUUGCCUCAAAAAUCAUCCACUUCCCUGCUCCUUGGGGUUCCUUUUGUUGCUGUUGCUUUUUCAUUGAAUUUCCUCAUGUUUAUUGACAUGUCUAUUGUUGGGCUUCCUGGCCACAUGCAGCUCUCUUUUUCGGCUACAGAGAAAGACAAAUAGUUGCCUUCACUGGUCUGCCCCUGCUGCUGGGGAAGUGCUGCUAGUGAUACGAUUCCUACAGAUGGGUAUGGGUAUCAUUUAGAGCCAGGGUCAUGGAGGGUGUAAACUGGCAUUGCUCCAUUGGCUUGGCUGGAAUAAGGCCAGUUUUGUCCAGCUGAGAAUCUGUCCUUAAUGUCUAAACAGUUAUUACACACUAAUAAAGAUUAAUGAUUGUAAAUCCCCACGGAUUAUACGUAAAAUGACAAGUUUUACUCAUUAAUCUUUAUUGCCAUAUUAUAGCUGUUUAUGUUAGAGGAGUCGUUUCUCUCUGUACUGAACAUGCACUUAAGGAGGUGGGGGUUGAGCACGGGGGAGGUGAAGGGUGGACAAAACAGACCAGAUGUCCAUGUGUUUUACAGUCUGUGUCCUCCCCCCAAGUUGGUUGUUUCCUUGAAAGCUUUAACCAGCAGCAAAGGAUGUAUCACAGAGCUUUGUCUGCUCCGCUGGCCUCUGGCUGAGCUAUAAAAUCCAGAUUGUUUCUGGUGAGAAGGGAUCAGAUCUCCUAAUUAAUAUUUCAGCUCAGCCUUUGCUGGAGCAGAUGGAUAAUAUGAAAUUUGACUUGUGCUCUGGCAGGCCAGAGCUCUGCAGCGCAGUGAGAUUCCCUCUCCCAGGCUGUGGCUGGAAGAGAUGCUUUCUGUACAGUAGGCAGCUGUGUUGCAGGUCGAAAGGACGCUGCUCCUUCACAUAACCCCACACCAUAAAAGCAGUUGAAUUUGUUAAGAAAGAGGGCCAGAAGGGGCUCAGUUGAAUCUCAACUUUUAUGUGUUUGCAGAGGAGUAUAGACUCAGCUAAGGAGGUGGUGGUGCCAGAGGUGUGGACACAAAGGUUUGUGUGCUCUGUAAAUAAAUAGGACAUUAAAACUGCCAGGGUGGUUUUAAUGACACAGGGACAAAAAGAUGUCCUCUGAUGGGCAGCUGGUGUCAAUCCACUCUGCCAAGGAAAGUCUGGAGUUGAUGGGGAAGGCUGGAGCUGAGAGGAUGAAAAGAGCAGCUACAGACUUGAUGCAGUACAUUGCCUGGGGAGAGCAGCCUGUCUCCCCUUCCUCUUGUCAGGUAUUCCUUCAGGCCUGGAUUUGUAGGUAGAAGUUUUGCUCACAAGUCCCAGAUUGCCACUGCAACCCCACUUCCAGCAAGAGAAACAAAAUCUAAAAGCCAAAAGAAACUCACAGGGAAAAACUGCAAGUGAGUUGUUGCCUGCUGCCUGCCCUUGUGUGUUGCUGCUUCCCCUGCUGAGCUCGACAGUGAGAUGCAGAGGUUGGACUUAAAGCGAUGGGGAAAGCAUAGGAAAGGCCUCUGUAGCUGAGAAAGAAGAGGGUAAGCAUUUUAAGGUGGCCUCUAACUAGCCAAGUUGUGGAAAUAGCUAAUUUACAGGCCACAGGGAUAAAAGAAUUCUUCAGGGACCUGUGCAGCCAGCAGUGCCAUUCCACCAGGAACAAUUUUGGCUGCGUGACAUUUAUUACAUGGCUUCCUUUAGUGCAUUCCUGGGUUGCUAGAAACCUCUUUGCCUCCAUUGACACCUUAUGUCUCAGUCACCUUUACAUUUUGUAUUUUAGUGUCUGGGAUUUUACUAGCAGCCUUUUUUCUAAGCAGUUGGUCAGACUGAAGGCAAGGGAGGGGGGCCUCCAGCCAGCUCUCUGCAGAGCGCUUUGGGAGAGGAAGGAGCUGCCUCUGUUAUCCAGUGCUUGCUUCCUGGGAAGCCACAGCCAGAGGCUUGCUCCCCUGCAGGUAUCCAGCCAAAGUGAGAGCUUCUCCUUUUAACUUCUCUGCCACUGCAUUAAAAAUCCCUUCCUGAAAGUGGAGCAGCUCUGGAGUUGCAGCAGUCUGGCUCCAAGGCGGUUCACCCUUGCUGGCAGCCCAGCUGCAGAAUGGGCUGCCUUUCCUUCCUCGAAAGGCUCUUGGUUUUCUCCAAACGAUGGGGCAAAAGUCCAGUGGCUGUGAGGUACCGUGAGGAUAAGAUGGGAAAAGCUUGGAAGCGCCUUAAAUACUCUGGAAAUAGAGAUGGAAAUCUCAAAAGAUCAGACGUCUUUCGGCAAUUUCCAAAGCUAUGUGGUUUUAGCCAGACCUGAAAACCCUUCCUAGAAGUUUAUUUCAGGGUAUUUUGAUUUGUUACUUUCGCUUUUGGGCCUGGCUAAAUCCAGGAAACUCAGAAUAGUGUAAUUUUUCAAUAAAGACUAAACACACCCCAAGUAUUACUGAACCGAUCAGGAAAGUUUCUGUUUGGUUUCUGUUACCGGAAUAGUUCAGGCCAGCUUAGGGUUUAUCCUAAUUCAGUUUGGUUUUGCCCCAGAUAAUUAUUAUUUUUGAGAAAACAAGAGAUCAGAACAUGGUCUUUCCAAAACACUAUGACUUAUCACUCAGGGGUACACACCAAAUUGUGCCAGAAGGCGGAUGGAGAGAAGUGCUACAGGAAGAGGUGGCCAAACUCUGGUGGCUGGAAGGAGCAGCCUGGCAGCAAUCAGCAUGGUCCUGGCCUCCAAAAACAUAGGUAGUGAGUUUCCCCAGGGGCUGUGUGAUGGAGAUAUCAGGGUCUGCCACAUCUGUUUUUUUUCCCCCUCUAGUAAAGAACAUUCAGCCAUCUCAGUGAACAAUAUGUGAAAGCCUUUGGUAUUUCUCAGCUCAGUUGUAUGGUUUUUUUCAGGAGGGAUGUUGUGAAAAGCCAGGAAGGGCCAGGUGUCCUUGAUUUACACAGCCAGAGUGAAGAGAUGUAGAUUAAGUGCCUCAUAAGAGCCAAAAAGGUGUGUUUAAAGAUAAAUUACAGUCUCUGUCGUAGCUGUUAAGUCAGGAUCAAAUUUUCACAUAUACAGGUGCAGCUGCAGAGCUCUGGGCCAUGUUUAGCCCAGAUUUAUUCAUGAACCUUGUAUAACUAUCUAACAGCAUGGACUGUGCCAUUUGGUUGGCUUCUGGCAGGUCUGGGCUCUACGGGCAGAAUAAAGCCUGGUUCAAAGUGCAGUGUUGCCAAAACCAGGAUUUGGCUCCAAACAUUUCCUAUAUAACCCACUUAUGAAGUGAAUUUUGAGUUCUGCCACUGCUUUGUUUCCUUCAUAACUGUGAAUUGAGCGCCUUGUGCUUGGUGGCAGCUGCCACUGUGCCACUGUGCUGCUGGAAACAGUCACGACAUACCAACCAAUUAGAAUUUUACAUCUUUUUAUUAUUUUUUUUUUUAAUAGCAUGACGCUGGGGGGAAGCUGCUAAAUGUAGUUUAUUGCAAACUGGAAUAGUGUUGGAGUAAAACUUAUCACUUCUCAUAGAAAAAAAUAACUGCCCAAAAAUAUCUGAAAUCCUCCAUGUAAGGAAUUACAGAGUUAUUGACAAAAGUCCAUGUUUAGCAUCAAAAUAUAUGAAAUUUCUAGAGUUUCUGUCCUAAAGUGUGAAAUCUGCUUGCCUUUUGUUUUUUUAGGAUGGUCAUAAAUUUGUAACAAAGCUAUUUCUACAGACUUUUAUCUAGCAAAUAUAAAAAUGUUAGGAGCACAGUGGCAAAGCAACCACUUCCCAGUGGUCUGCUGGUAUUGGGGAGGACACAGGCAGAGCACCUGUGUGCUUUGAACAUGUUAGAAAAGUGAAGGCUUUCCAACCUGCUGUAAUCCAAGUCAUUAUUUUAUUUUUAGAUCAUCUUUUUUUGUUGUUUACAGUAACAUAAUUUGUUUUAUAACUGUGAAAGUCUCUGCUUUUCCUUACAUGUGGAAGGCUGAUUAUUCCCUCUCAUGUUAUUCUUAUUUAUUAUUUAUCCAUUUCUGGUACUAUCCAAGAUGUGCUGAAGGUGUCUCUCAGCCUGCCCUCAAGCCGUAUGGAAUCACUGUGGUAUCUCCUAACAGCUGGGAUGGCAAGUGGCAGUAGAUGGCUAAUUAUUAUUUUAAAUUAUAUUUAUAGCAAUUUAGAUUUUCUUUUAGUGACCUGGUUUGCUCUAGCAUUAGGGAUGGGGAUAAGGAAUCUUUUUAAAUAUCACAUUUUUCAAUUUUUCUUUAAAUAUCUUGGAUGUUUCUAAAUAAACCUACUCACUCCUUUGCUUUUAAUUGGAAAAGCAGCAGUUGGGUCAUAAUUGUUCCUUCAAGAGGGGAUUGACUAGCAUCAGGGUUCAGUUGAACUGGUAAAAAUGCUUUAUGUCACAACAGCAUUAAUAAAAAAUGCACUGGAAUUCUGAGAAAAGGAUAAUUUUCUACCUGAAAAAUAAAAUCUGGUUUGUGAUGAACUUGGUUUGUCCAAGUCUCCUGCCAGGCUUUUCUGUAUCAAAUUUGCAUGGAGUUUUCCUUUGGCCCUUGAGCCAUUGAGACUCCGGGUUGCCAGGAUUGCAUCGAAGCAGGGCUGAGGGCCACCCAGGCCCCCUCUGGCCAAGUGUCUGCUCUGGGUCUGGAGGACAUAAGUCCUCCAGAAGUGAUGGAGCAGCUUCUUGCUCUGUAAAAGAUGUUGAAGUGAAAUCCCAUGAGCAUGACCUGUGUGACACAAGCAGGACUGGGGGCUCAGAACCAUCUUUGUUCUUUUUAUUCUCUUUCUCCUCUUUGCAAAGGUGCCUUGCUGCUCCACUGCUUCAAAAGCCUUCCCAGUCCUUCUGAUAAAGAAUGCUGUGGUGCAUCUGUUUUCAAACAGCUUGCCUUGGUUUUCUGGUUUGUUUUUUCUUCCCCCAACGUAUAAGAAAUGUUGGGUAGCAGAAUGUGGAAUUCAUUAGAAGUUCAUAAAGCAGGGACCUCAGAAGGAUGUGGGUAUAAAUGCUUUUCAGGCAUCUGAGGUGAACUUUAAAUGGAGCUUUGGCCCUCAUUUGCUUUCUGCUUUUCAAAUACCAUUUAUGAGAAAGUGGAGCUGUCAAAGCCAUGCAUGAACUUUGCCUUCUUGCAAAUAACUUGUCUCCAAGUAAAUUGUCAAAAUGCUCAAGAAACUUGUCUCAAAGUAAAUCCAGUAGCUCUACAAAGCUGGAAACGUAUGUGCAUUAGAGUGUGUGUGUGUGUGUGUGUGUGUGUGUACAUGCUGUGUGGAUGGGAGGGUGGAGUGAGUUUAAGUCUACCAUUUUGGAGAGUUAAAAAACACAAUGCAAGUGUUUUUAAAAAAGUCAAUGUAAAAUAUUUCUCUCUUGGCAAAGGUACAUCUGACCACAUCUCCCAUCCUUCUUUUAAUUGCUCCGUGUUUGUUUUUGUUGUCUUAGUCUUUGCUGGCCUGUUUCCUUUGCGGUGCUCGUUGCUAAUUAGCAGCCUGUAACCUCACACAACCCCUCAGGCAGGGAGGGCAGGCGCGGCGCAGGGAACCAGGAGCACGGACCCUGCAGCUCCUCGGGAAAGGCGCUGGUGUUCCCAUCGAUGGGAGGAACAGAAAAGGUAGUGUUAGAUGGAAAGGCAGGACAAUGCCAUAUGAGUGAUUUUUUUAUUUUUAGCCUUGUUGAGGGAACUCUGUCCUUGUGAGGAUCAAAACUUCCCAUGUCCUAAUGCAAGACCCCAAAUCAUAGCUUUGGGGGAGGGUGGAUUGGUCAAGAGAGAGCAAGCUUUGAGAAGGACUCUCCCUGCCUGGGCAAGUUCUUGUGAACACAUGCUAGUGGUAUAUAUAAAAUAAAUUAACUCUUCUCAUCUUUGUGAGAUGACACCCAGGUUCUUGGCAGUGCUGGUUAAGGUCCCCCUGGGCUUUGCCCAGGGUUUGAGGCAGUGCAGAGAGUGUGGCCAGGAGGCAGGGCCACCCUGCGCCUUGGGGAACUGAUGCUCCGAUUCCAUCGCUCCUGUUCCCAUUGGCAAGCAGGUGAAAUUUCAUCAGUCUGGUGUUGCAAAGUUCACAGGGUCCUCCCUGCACUAAGGAGUACCUUGGUGGUUCCCGGCUGCCGACCUGUGCAGCUUCACAUCUGCUCUGUCUGAAACACUUCUCUUAACCUGUGUUGUCUUCAUUCAUCUCAAAACCUUUCCUCAUACUAUGAAGAUGAUAAAUAGUAGGAGACUGACAGUAGGACCAUGUGUGUAAUGUUAGAUAGGCUUUUAUUUAAUGUUGUCAUUUUAAUGAGAUGCUUUUCGGAUCCGUCUUGUACUGGAUUGAGGAUAUUGGUGGAACAACUGAACUGGUAUUCUUUAACCCUGACUGCCCCAAAUCCUUUCCCUCUGUCCUUUUCAUUAAAAAGAAAAAAAUUAGACUGGGAGACUAUCUUUAACUCAACAAAAAAACCCCAAAUCCUGCUGGUGGAAUAAGAUAAUCUUCUUUACUAUGCUUUGAUUUUAUUUCUCAGGAUAUUCAAAGGUUUAUCACUGCUGCUGAGAGAAGGGGACAGUACACCUUUUUGAAACUUCAACCACUGUAACCGGUUUCCAGAUGUGUGUGUGUGUGUUAAACCCAGCACUGUGUGUGCGUGUGUUCUGCUGAAUAUUGUGUGCAUCUAUGAAAUGCUUCAAACAACUGCCUGGAAGUCAAAACCAACCACCUCUUUCCAGUCAUAUGUUUGCCGUGACUUUUCAUAACCACACUUGAACUAGUGGUCUUGGAUUAAAUAUUCAAAGAGCAGGGCAUCUUUAUAGCAAUGGUAUGUCAGUCUAAUUAAUAAAAAUGUACACAAAUAAAUGAAGUUUAAAAGUA